GCACGCCGGCUCCACUCCACUCCAUCCUCCUCUCCCUCUCCCUCCGCUCGGGUCUGGCCCUCACCACAGCCCCACCCACCACCUCGGCGCCGAGACCGCUUCCUCCCCUCCUCCUCCGCAACCCUCUCCUCCCCUCCGCCUCCUCCGCGCUUCCCUCCAUUUGUCCCCGCUUCCCUCCCUCCCGAUCUUAACCACCCUCCACGCCCUCCCGCCACCCGGCUUUGUUCCCUUCUUCCUCUCUCGAACCAAACAUUCGCCCCCUUUCCAUCUCUCUUCUCGUUCUCCCUUUCCAAGAGGAGGAGGAAGAAGAGGAAGAGGAGGAGGAGGCUCCCUGCCUGGCCUGCCCGCCCCUGUCCAAGAAAAGGGUAGAGGGGGCGGAAGAGGAGGAGGAUGAGCGCGUCCAGGUUCAUAAAGUGCGUCACGGUCGGGGACGGCGCCGUUGGCAAGACCUGCAUGCUCAUCUCCUACACCUCCAACACCUUCCCCACCGAUUAUGUUCCAACGGUGUUUGACAAUUUCAGUGCUAAUGUUGUGGUUGAUGGUAACACUGUCAACCUUGGGCUAUGGGACACUGCAGGUCAAGAGGAUUACAACAGACUGAGACCACUGAGCUAUCGUGGAGCUGAUGUUUUCCUUCUGGCCUUCUCGCUAAUCAGUAAGGCAAGCUACGAGAAUGUUUCUAAGAAGUGGAUACCUGAGCUGAAGCAUUACGCACCCGGUGUGCCAAUAAUUCUCGUGGGGACAAAGCUCGAUCUUCGAGAUGACAAGCAGUUCUUUGUGGACCAUCCUGGUGCUGUUCCUAUCACUACUGCUCAGGGAGAGGAGCUAAGAAAGCAAAUAGGCGCUCCAUACUACAUUGAAUGCAGCUCAAAGACCCAACUAAACGUAAAGGGUGUCUUCGAUGCUGCGAUAAAGGUGGUACUGCAGCCACCCAAGGCAAAGAAGAAGAAAAAGGCGCAGAGGGGAGCUUGCUCCAUUUUGUGAUCUAAUCGUCUGUAGACAAAGAACAAGGGCGAACAAGGGCGAAGGUGGUACUGGCAGCUGCAGCAAGUUCUCUUUGUCGAGGCAUUGAGCGAUCCAUUUGUUAUAUUUUCUUCUUCCUGCCUUGUGAUUAUCUCAUGUGACUGACAAAUCGUGGCAAUUAGGUAACUUGCUUAGAAGGUAUUUCCCGUGUUUGAGAAAAAAAAUAUCUUGUUAUCUCUGUUCCAUAAGUAGACAUGAUGUAAUCGUACUAAGUUUAUUUUUACUUAUUUCACUUAAAUGGAAAAUUACGCUUCCCUUUA